AUGGCUCCUCCCACAAUGACUCCUGUAUACAUUGUUUCUGCUGUCAGGACCCCAAUUGGACAAUUCCAAGGGUCACUUGCAAGUCAGACUGCCAUUCAGCUAGGCUCUCACGUCAUCAAAUCUGCCUUAGAGCGAGUCCCCAAUGUCAAGCCUGGAGAGGUCGACGAAGUGUACUUCGGCAAUGUCCUCUCAGCAAACCUCGGCCAGAAUCCUGCCCGCCAAUGUGCCAUCAACGCUGGCAUGCCAAACUCGACUGUCUGCACCACCAUAAACAAGGUCUGCGCCUCCUCCCUCAAAGCCAUCAUCCUCGCCACCCAAACGAUCAUGACCGGCAACGCCUCUGCAAUCAUAGCUGGUGGCACCGAAUCCAUGUCCAAUGUGCCCCAUUAUCUCCCCACUCUCCGAGCCGGCAGCAAAUUUGGUAAUGCAACCCUUGUCGACGGCCUGCUGCGUGAUGGCUUGACAGAUGCUUACUCCUCCGAGCACAUGGGUCUACAGGGGGAAGAGUGCGCUUCAGACCACGGUUUUGACCGUGCAGCACAAGAUGCGUACGCAAUCCGCUCGAUACAAAAAGCGCAACACGCCACCAAAGCUGGUCUCUUCGCCCCAGAGAUCGCACCUGUCUCCGUUCCCGGUCCUAGAGGGAAACCAGCAACCGUCGUCGAUAAAGAUGAAAAGCCUCAGAUGCCACUCAACGAAGAAAAGCUUAAGGCAAUGAAACCCGCUUUCAAAACUGAUGGCUCCGGCACCGUGACAGCGCCAAAUGCCUCUCCUCUUUCCGAUGGCGCUUCUGCUCUCGUGAUCGUUUCCGAGGAAUUCAUGAAGGAGAAGAACCUCACUCCACUAGCGAAGAUUUUAGGCUGGGGCGACGCAGCACAAGCUCCUUCAAAAUUCACUACAGCCCCUUCCCUCGCGAUUCCUAAAGCUCUCAAGCAUGCUAGCACCGACAUCAGCGAGGUCGACGCCUUCGAAAUCAACGAAGCUUUCAGCGUGGUAGCUCUAGCGAAUUUGAAACUGCUUGGCCUGAGCGAAGAGAAAGUCAAUCUACACGGUGGAGCUGUGGCGUUAGGGCAUCCGUUGGGGUGCAGUGGGUCGAGGAUCGUGACAACGUUGCUGGGCGUGUUAAGAGAGAAGGGAGGAAGGGUGGGGUGUGCUGGAAUCUGUAAUGGAGGCGGUGGGGCGAGUGCCAUCGUUAUCGAGAAUUUGCAGGGCAAGGGAGAGACCAAUGGGCACUCGAAUGGGACGAAUGGUGCAUAG